AUGCCACGGCAUCGUCCGCCUCUGAUCCUCUGGUCCUCUACCAGUAAUCCUAGCCUUUGCCCAUUCCUCUUCUGCAUGUCCUACGGCCACUACGUCAGAGAGCUCAUCCUCACCCUUCCCCACUUACAACGACAAGCCUCUCACAGCUCAAGAAAUACAAUGGAAACCAUUUCUCAGAUGGCUUCCACCGCUGCAAAGUACGCGUUUGGCGACUCCUCCAACCAGGAGCCCAUCUCCGGCACCCAAGGCGACGUCGCCAAGGGCGAGCCCUACGACGCUGGCAACCUAGAGGCCAACGACCAGGAGCGUCUCCGCCAAAGUGACGUCAGAUCCGUACCCGGCGCCUACACCACCUCGGGCGACGACUUUGACGGCGUCUCCAAGGGCCAAAACACCGGCAACAUCACCACCGCCACCAAUGCCACCGCCGACGACGGCUUCACACGUCCCCAGCACGACAUGUCGGCGCCCGGCCUCGGCGCUCGGGACGACAACGUCGGCGGUAUCACCACGUCGACGAACCGCACUACUGACAGCGGCUUCACCUCGCCGGGCGGGGACAUGGGCGGCAGUGGCCGCGGCACGUCUGGCCUGGACAACACUCGCAGCUCCGGCUUGGAGGACACGCGCAGCUCUGGUCUCGACAACACGCGCAGCUCUGGUCUCGACAACACUCGCAGCUCUGGUCUCGACAAUACCCGCAGUUCUGGCCUAGAUGACACCCGCAGCUCUGGUCUGGACAACACUCGCAGCUCUGGUCUAGACAACACUCGCAGCUCUGGUCUGGACAACACUCGCAGCUCUGGUCUAGACAACACUCGCAGCUCUGGUCUAGACAACACUCGCAGCACCUCCGGCCUAGACAGCAACAACGACCGUAACACUUCCAACCAGAACCUCAACGCUACCGGUGACAACCUCACCAACCCAGAUGUCCACCGCGCCGACGACGCCGCGAGCCGCAACAUUGACAGCAAGAGCAAGCCCUCCGAGAAGCCCUCCGCCGAGGACGAGCCUUCCGUUGGCGUCUCCGGCCCCGGUCCCCGCGAUCUCUCCAGCGUCGCGCGCGAGCACGGCGGCGACGCCGGCUCUCACGGCUCCGGAUCCGCGUCCUCGGGCACCAAGGCUACCGACUCCAAGGACAACAGCAACGACAGCGGCCUUCCCGCCGACCAGAGCGAGGAGCAGGGCACUGGCGAGCAGUACGUCAAGUCCAGCGGUCUGCAGGCCGACGGCGGUGACUUUGACGCCACCAAGCCGGGUGCGGGUCGUGAGGCGGACCGCCUCAUGGAGCAAAAGGGCAUCGCCCCGACGGCAAGCAGCAAGGGCAAGGAGAGCAGCACCAGCAGCAGUGGUGACCACAAGACGCACGGCAGUGGUAGCGGAGAAGGCAAGGAGAAGGAGAAGCAUGGUCUUGUGGAAAAGAUCAAGGAGAAGCUGCACAAGCACUAA